ACGGUCAGGGACAGUGUAUUAGUCUGAGUAAAUAUCUUGUGCGACUCCAUACCUUUUGAUAAGAUUUUCCUCUGUCAGUAUGUAUCAACUGUGGCAAAAAUAGUUUGCAAAUGAUUCCCAAACAAUUUCUAUGUGCUUGAAGUUUUUUCAAUAUUACAGUAUGCUGAUUAAAGUGAAAACGUUAACAGGCAAAGAAAUUGAAAUCGAUAUUGAACAAACUGACAAAGUUGAACGGAUCAAAGAGAGAAUUGAAGAAAAAGAAGGCAUACCACCACAACAACAACGAUUGAUUUUUUCCGGUAAACAAAUGAAUGAUGAGAAACUUGUCCAGGAAUACAAAAUGCAAGGUGGUUCAGUAAUCCAUUUAGUACUUUCGUUGCGUGGAGGUCUAUGAUAAUCCUUUGUAUCCCCGUUCAUUAAUGGAACCAGAUUAAAUCACGUGCUCUUUGUAUUAUAUUGCAAAUAUAAGGGAGACGAGGCUUUUCGAGUUUUCGUUCCAUAUCUUUUUCACUGUUUCUCUCAUGACUUAUUCCCUUCAUAAUUAUUUUAGGUGAUAUCUGAUCUUCGCCUAUGUAUAUGUUUUAAAUUACAUUAUCGAAUACAACCUCUCACGUUGUAUUUUUGUGUAAUUGAUAGUUUACCUGUUACAAUGAAAUAAAAAAACGAGUGUGUUCUUUUUUA